GAAGAGAACCCCAACCAAUUGCACCACGACCGGAUGGAAGAGCCCAGCUGACACAACCAAGACGAGUCUCAGUGUCUAGGGAAGCUUAGGGUUCAGCUACUUUUACUUCAGGCGAACCUGAACUCAGUUAAUGCAAUUUUGAAGCAUGCCCUGAAUAGAUUCAGUCAUUAUCAAGUCAAACUAAAAACGGUGAAAGGUUGCGACUAUUACCAAAUAGAUUAGAGCUGAGGCAAAUGGUUUCAGGAUAUGUGCUUUGUGCUAACAGCUUUCUGGAGACAUCCUGAUUAUGGCUAUCGGGUCUAGAAGAAAAAUCUGAAGACAUGAGAACUACACAUGAGGAAUAUGUCAUUUAGCACUUUCACUUUUUGAUCUCCACAGAAGACAAUGAGAAGUCACACCAUAACAAUGACGACAACUUCAGUCAGCAGCUGGCCUUACUCCUCCCACAGAAUGCGCUUUAUAACCAGUCAUAGCGACCAACCGCCACAAAACUUCUCAGGAACACCAAAUGUUACUACCUGUCCCAUGGAUGAAAAAUUACUAUCUACUGUGUUAACAACAUCUUACUCUGUUAUUUUCAUUGUGGGACUGGUUGGGAACAUAAUCGCCCUCUAUGUAUUUCUGGGUAUUCACCGCAAAAGAAAUUCCAUUCAAAUUUAUCUACUUAAUGUAGUCAUUGCAGACCUCCUACUCAUCUUCUGCCUCCCUUUCCGAAUAAUGUAUCACAUUAACCAAAACAAGUGGACACUAGGUGUGAUUCUGUGCAAGGUUGUGGGAACACUAUUUUAUAUGAACAUGUACAUUAGCAUUAUUUUGCUUGGAUUCAUCAGUUUGGAUCGCUAUAUAAAAAUUAAUCGGUCUAUACAGCAACGGAAGGCAAUAACAACCAAACAAAGUAUUUAUGUCUGUUGUAUAGUAUGGAUGCUUGCUCUUGGUGGAUUCCUAACUAUGAUUAUUUUAACACUUAAGAAAGGGGGGCAUAAUUCCACAAUGUGUUUCCAUUAUAGAGAUAAGCAUAAUGCAAAAGGAGAAGCCAUUUUUAACUUCAUUCUUGUGGUAAUGUUCUGGCUAAUUUUCUUACUAAUAAUCCUUUCAUAUAUUAAGAUUGGGAAGAAUCUAUUGAGGAUUUCUAAAAGGAGGUCAAAAUUUCCUAAUUCUGGUAAAUAUGCCACUACAGCCCGGAACUCCUUUAUUGUACUUAUCAUUUUUACUAUAUGUUUUGUUCCCUAUCAUGCCUUUCGAUUCAUCUACAUUUCUUCACAGCUAAAUGUAUCGUCUUGCUACUGGAAAGAAAUUGUUCACAAAACCAAUGAGAUCAUGCUGGUUCUCUCAUCUUUCAAUAGUUGCUUAGAUCCAGUCAUGUAUUUCCUGAUGUCCAGUAACAUUCGCAAAAUAAUGUGCCAACUUCUUUUUAGACGAUUUCAAGGUGAACCAAGUAGGAGUGAAAGCACUUCAGAAUUUAAACCAGGAUACUCCCUGCAUGAUACAUCUGUGGCAGCAAAAAUACACUCUAGUUCUAAAAGUACCUGAGGUAAACAUACUAAAAUGAAUUAUAUAAUACAGCCUCUUAAUUCUUUGAAGAACUAAAAAAAUUAGGAAACAAAGUUCUAGCAUUUACAAAAGUCAGAUCUCAAAGCUGUGCUUGUAACUGUGAUAUUUCAUUUGCUUAACUGUAAACCAUUUCAAGGUACUAUCUUUUAAAUCUCUAUGUAAAAUCUUUUCAAAAUACAUUUUUAAGCUAAUACUCUUAACAUAGAUUAUGAAGUUAGUGAAAUUUAUGACUUUAACAGCAAAAUAAUUAAAGUGCCAUCGUUUCUCAUGUCACUAAAGUAGUUAUUAAAAUCAAGCACUUGAUACUAAUUUAAAGUGUGUUUAAAAGUAAAUGAUUUGGGAACUGACAAUGUGUCAGAAAAUAUAUGUUCACUUAUCAUUUUAAAAUCUUGUAUAAUUUGCCACUGUGUUCAUUUAUGCCUAAAUCUCUAUAAUAGAUGAGAAGAUAAUAAAAUCCUAAUUAAAAAAUGA